UGUCUCCCCCUGGAAGAUGAGCUUGGGGCUGGCAGCUGUCCUCUUCUUGAUCACGUCCGCCCUGAGGAAGCGGCUUCUUCUUCAAGCAAUGGCUGAGCCCAUCACCUUGUACUUCAACCGGAGCGUCUAUGAAGCCCUCUUCCCUCACCUGCAGCUCUACCGCUGCCAGGAGGUGAUAGCCCAGGACGACUUGUGCCAGGGACCCUUCCGGGCGCCCUUGCUGCUCCUGGCCAUCAAAUCCCACCCGGGUUCUGAUGGCAGGAGGGCCACCCUGCGACGCACCUGGGCCCAGACAGCGGAGAUGGGGGGCUUCUGGCUGCAGCCCCUUUUCCUCCUGGGGGCCGCAUCCAACCAGAAGCAGCUGGAAUCGGUGGCGCAGGAGAGCCGCGUGUUUGGUGACAUCCUGAUGUGGGGUUUCACGGAGUCCCAUUACAACCUGUCCCUCAAGGAGCGCUGCUUCCUCCAGUGGGUGCACGGGCAGUGCCAGCGGGCAGCCUUCGUCUUCAAAGGGGACGAUGACCUCUUUGUGAACCCCACGGUGCUGACCGAUUACCUCCGCCGGACGCCCAACGCCUCCCACUUCAUCCAUGGCAACAUCCAGGUCCACUCAGUGGUCAUGAGGACGGGCAAGUAUGCUGUCUCGCGGGACCUCUACCCCCUGGACCACUACCCUAACUUUGCUUCCGGAGGGGGGUUCAUCAUGUCGCAUCUGGGGCUGGCUGCCCUCUACCGAGCCUCCCUGGAGCUGCCCGUCUUCCCGCUGGACGAUGUCUACCUGGCCUUCCUGGCGCUGGCGGCCAAGAUCCCCCACCGGCAUGAUGAGGCCUUCCGCGUCUGGGGCAUCCCCAAGGAUGAGCUCUCGGCCUACCAGGACUCCAUUUCCAUCCACGGGGUCAGCAUGGAGAGGAUCGAGGAAGUCUGGAAGCAGCUGGAGAGCCCCCCAAAGGACUUCUGGAUCUCGUCUUAAUGCCUGCAGACAGACCAGGCCUCCCACCCGACUGGGGGAUGGAACCGAUUCUCGAUAGCCUCUGGGCCUGAGAAGCACCUUGACCAGAAGGCUGGUCCAAUUCCGGCGUGGCUCUGGGUCACUGCCACAUGAACAGGACAGAAGUGGCCCCAAGACUGCCUCAUCCCACCCACCCCCAGGGAUUAGAAAACACAACGGACAUAAAAAUUAGCAAUACUGUCAGACUUGCCCCAACUUAGACUUUUAGGAAAGAAAGACCCUUGACUCCGUUUGAUUGAAGUGUUAAGAGUUUUUUUUACUAAAGUCGU